GGUCAGAUCGGGUAAUACCCGCAGGGUGGAUUGAAAUUGCCAUCACUACUUGCGAUUAAUAUAUAAAAGAAAAGAAAAGUAGUCCGUGGAAAAGUCAUACCCGGCCAUUUGACAUUUGUAUUUACCCAUUAAAGAAACACGUGCCCUAACAUAGGUUUGACAUUCUCUUAAUCGGUAUUCUUGAAAUGGACCAAGCAACGUACGUAACUCCAAUUGUUACAUAACCAGGAAAAUUCAACCUGCUUACAGAUCGAAACAAAAGGAGAAACUCACCUCCAAAUUGCAGAGUUGCGUGUGGAAUUUUUCUGCAUUCAAAACCCUCGCUCCCUCUUGGUACGUUCAUUUUGUUUAUUCACCAAAACCCAUUCCCCAAGUCUCCCUCUUCAAAAAAUUUACUAUAAAUACUUGAUCGAUUUAUAGCUCCUUCCUUAUAAUCCAUAUCUCACCAUCCCAAAUUUCCUUUCUACAAUAACCAUCUCCUCGUUACAAAGUUACAAGUCUACAAAAUCUCUCUCGCCUAGCUAGCUCUUGAACACACAUAUGUUAGCACGUAGAGCAAUGGGCUCCUUGACUGCUCUCUACGGCGCCGUUCCAUGCACCAUCGCCUCAGUUGGCCGGCCAACAAAGAUCCAGUUCCAUCUCAACGCACCAUGCAGCAACACAAAGACGAUGCAAAACUUAAAAACGUCUCGUAGAAACAUGAGUGUCCAUUGCAAUAAUGGCGGGUUGCCCAUCCCGCCGCUUCCCGGUCUCCCUUCUAACCCUGGUCCUGGUUCAUGGAAACUGUGGCUUGUGGGUGUGGCGGUGGCGCUUGUAGUACCCUUUUGGAGGAAACAACUAUGGUCGAAUGUAAAAGGGUAUGCAGAGAGAUUUGAUGAGAUAGUGAACACGGUGGAGAAAGUAGCGGACAUAGUGGAAGACGUGGCGGAGCAAGUCGAGAAGGUGGCCGACGGUGUAGGGAAUAACUUGCCCGCCGGCAAGCUCAAGGAUGCAUUCCAGCUCAUCGAGGAUUUUGCCGAUCAGACGGAGAAGAGCGCUGAGCUCGCCGGAGAUGUCAUUGAUAAGGUACAAGAACUUGAGGAGCAACUGGACGCUUACAUUGAAGCCACUGAUGAUGACGACGAACACGCUAAGGUGGCGAAGGAGUUGAAAAGGAAGAUCAAUGAAGAAGUGAAACCGAGAAUCAACGAUCAAUUGGCGGCCGGCGGCGGCAACAAGGCUGAAGAUCAGGUGGCGGUGGCUGCCGUGGUGGAAGAAACCAAGUCAAGGUCUUAGUAUGGAAAGUUAUGAAGCUAUAGCUACCAGUGGACAAUCGAAACUAAUUGUUUAUAGAAUGAUAUGUUAUAUUCAUUAGAAAUUAUUAUUAUUUCAUUUAUUGAUUAGGUAAUUUUAUUUGUAUAUAUAUGGCUAAGUAUGCACAUUGGUUGGAGACUUUGGAGGUCUGUAUAUCCAAAUUAUUAAAAUAUAUAAACCUAGAGCCAUUUUACUAUUGCCUAAGAGUAAUGCUAAUUUGCACUACUGUCACCUAAACUAUUUUUAGGUUUUGAUUACGGUAGAGCACAUAUUUGAUAGAAGAAAUUCGUGAACCAAUUACAAAGUUAUUUUGGUUUUAUGAUUGAUCAAUUAUACAUUGAACUUCAAAUCCCGCUAUGAUCUAAUCAGUUCCCUGGUUGAAUACUCUGUCAAACAAAAAAAAUAUUAUGGAAAACAAAAAAAAAAUUAUAAAAUAAAUAAUGCCAUAAUGAUUUUUGUUACUUCCUCAGUUGUCCUUUUAUCUCUCAUUCUUUAUUUACAUCUCUGCCUUCUUUGUCUACCCUAAUUACUAAAUUAUAUUUAUAUAUGCCUUCUCAUUUACAAUUAUAAAUGGUUAUUUAAAUAAUUCAGCAAUGGGUUUAUCACGAGUAACAAUUGAAUCAUAAAUUACUCAUUUUUUAGUUCAUCGUCCAGUCCAAUUUGAAAAACAAACUUUUAUUUACUCAAUAGUACGCGUUUUAAGCUGAGUUUCACUUUUUAUUCCAUUUAAUAACAAGAAGGCAAGUUGACCAGUCCGCCACGAAGUGCGGUCCUAACCUAGUUAUGAAUAUAAAUACUGAUUUCGGGGACAGGUUUUGUGUAACACAAUGACAAGGGCGCCGAAACAGGUGGCAAAUGAGAUGGAUUUUGAAAAUAAAUAGCAAGGUAAAUGCCGCAAUCUGUGAGGUAAUCAUUCAUUGUAUAUAUAGAGGGUGUGGAAAUUCAAUUUAGAGUUGUUUCGCGACAACUCUUUAUUUCUUACAGUUCCUCGUUGAAUGAAAUGUCAAUAUAAUGUUAUGUCAAUUAUGGAGUAUAUACACGAAUUGAGGAGAAUGAGUUAAAAGAAGCAUUUAUGUGGAGGAAUAUUUGACAGAAAUUGCUCUCACGUACUAGGCAUACAAGAAAAAUAUAGAGAGAAAUUCGGGUUGUAGAGAGGUAGAAGUAUUCUAAAGAAAAAUCAAGUUUCCAAAAGCUAGACCUUACAUGUUUUCAGAAUCUUGUGCUUGGUUGAUUUUUUUUCCCCGAUUGAUGUGAAAGUGUCAGACUGUUCUCACGAGAUUUAUAGCUCAAUGAUGUGGUCAAGUUAUCUUGUUUAGUUGAUGUCUUGUAAGUUGCUCAUGAUCUACUACCUAACAUCGAAUUCAAAGCUUCAUAUAUGGAGUUUAAUGAGUAGUACGGCAAUGGUAAGUCCUUGCUUGUCGAUAAAAAAGUCUAAAGUUUGAAGCAAUUUGACGACCCUUGAAUGUGCUAUAUUUGUUUACCGCGUUAUAGGUAUAAUAUUCACAUCCCAUUGGUGCAUUUCUACAUGUUCUAUUAUUGAAAUGAGAACUAUUCGUCCAAAAUUUAAUUUAUAGUCCUUAGGUAGUUAGGUGUUUCGAUAUUUUAGAUUCCCUUGACUGUAGUUUUUCAUGAAAUUCAUAUAUAUACAAGUACAAUUAGGAAGAAUUAUGAAGUGAAGAUGGACCUUAAUAAAGCAAGCUCAGAAAACAAACGAGGGAGGUGACACUAAUGGAGUAAUGGUCGCCCAAAUCGUCGCUACCUCAAUCACCCAAAUUUCAAAAGAAGUCAUAUGAAUGAAGAAACGAUCUGUUGGGCCAAGUUCAUCGCAAAAAACCCUAAGGCGGUCCAAAUCGUUGUCAAGCCUCUGCCUUAGGGCCUUGGAAAUAUGAAGAGCAAGUCAAGGAAGCGACCUAAACCGAUUUGGAAAAGGGAUCUAGACUUUUGGAAGCACUGAUAAUUAGUGCUGGCUACUUGAUCCGGUCUUUUAGUUUUACCUAAAAUCGGACUGUAUAAUCCGGAUCGAGACCAGACCGAGACCGGAUAGCAAACAAUCCAAUUCAAUAUUUGGGUCUAGAUUUGAGAUAAAAAACCGUUUGGUACCGGGACCGAAAACCAAAUAAGAGAGCUCAUCAUCCAAAAUUUAACUUACUCACCCUUUCAGGCCUUAGGCCACUCAAAUACCCACAAGCUCAAUCUAAAAUCAAGACCGAACUGGGACCGGACCGGAUAAAGUCCGGACUGUAUCCUAUCCAAUCUUUGGUUCUGAUAUUCUCGAAAAGACCGGGCUGGGACUAGACCAAUUCAGGCCAAUUUAACCGAACUGGACCAUAUAGCCACCCUUACUGAUAAUACAUAAAUUUAUACUACUUUAUAUCCUUAUUUAAUGGCAUGUUUUGCAUGGUGUUCAUAUCUUUAUUGUCAUAAUAGUUUGAAAUUGCUUGAUAAUUGCUCCAAUGUGUGUAUCUUAGCUCCUAAGACUACUUUUAUUAUUUUGAUGCCAUUUGGAUAGUACUCUAUGAGCUUUCAGGGCAAAGUAUGAUAGCAGACCACCUUGUACAAGUAGGAGAAAUCAAUGCCUAGUUACUGAAAUUAAGAAAUGAAGUUUGGAGCUCAAAUCCAAAAUGGCAAAAUUUGGUCCACCAAAAGCUCAAAAUGGCGCAUCGGACACAUAAUGAACAUAAAUUUUCGGU